CGCUGCCAGCCCGGCCAUGUACGCGGGGCGCAGGCGGAGGAAGCCGGUGCCGCGGGCGACGCGGCCGGGCCCGGCCGAAGGCGGCGGCUCCAACCCGUCCAAGCGGCACCGGGAGCGGCUGAACCGGGAGCUGGAGCGGCUGGCGGGGCUGCUGCCCUUCCCGCCCGACGUGGUGGCCGGGCUGGACAAGCUCUCGGUGCUCCGCCUCAGCGCCGGCUUCCUGCGCGCCAGGAGCUUCUUCGGCGUUGCUCUGAAGAAUCCUGGUGCCAAAGAAGCCCAGAAGGACGGAGCCUGUGGCACUGGACCAGCUUUGGGCUCAGCAACUGUUCCAGAGGGUGAGCUGCUCCUACAGGCACUCAAUGGCUUCGUGCUGGUGGUGACAUCGGAAGGGCUGAUAUUUUACUCCUCGCAUACAAUCCAGGACUACCUGGGAUUUCAUCAGACAGAUGUCAUGCACCAGAGUGUCUUCGAGCUGAUCCACACUGAGGACCAGCCGGAGUUCAGGCGCAACCUCCACUGGGCCCUGGACCCACCGCACACUGCCGAGGCAGGGAAGAGUCUUAGCUCUUCUGCUGUCAUCUACAAGCCAGAUCAGCUGCCCCCAGAAGACUCCUCCUUCCUGGAGAGGAGCUUUGUGUGCCGCUUUCGCUGCCUCCUGGAUAAUUCCUCUGGCUUCCUGGCUUUGAACCUUCAAGGCAGGCUGAAAUUCCUUCAUGGGCAGAGCAAAAGGUCUGAAGAUGGCUCUGUCCUGCCCCCCCAGCUCGCUCUGUUUGCCAUCUCCACGCCCCUGCAGCCCCCAUCCAUCCUGCAGAUCCGAACCAAGAACAUGAUCUUCAGGACCAAGCACAAGCUGGACUUCACCCCCUUGGCGUGUGAUGCCAAGGGGAAGGUUGUCCUGGGCUACACCGAGGCGGAGCUGCGGAUGUGUGGCACCGGGUACCAGUUUGUCCAUGCUGCUGACAUGUUGUACUGUGCUGAGAACCACGUCAGGAUGAUGAAGACGGGGGAGAGCGGCCUGACGGUGUUCCGGCUGCUGACCAAGGACAACCGCUGGAAGUGGGUGCAGGCCAACGCCCGGCUGGUCUACAAGAACAGCAAGCCCGAGUACAUCGUGGUCACACAGAGACCCCUCGUAGAUGAAGAAGGAGGAGAGCACCUUCGGAAGCGGUCCAUGCAUCUUCCCUUCACCUUUGCUACAGGAGAGGCACUUCUAUACCAAAGUACUCACCCUCUCCCAGGCUUCCCUGACCUUUUCCAGAGCAAAGAGAAACUCAGCAAGUCCAAGAGGCCCUCCUCCUGCAGCCACAUAGGGCGCUCCCAGAAGAAUGGCAUUGACCCCAGGUCUCUGCUGGGUGCUGUGAUGCAGCAGAACAAGGCGGUGUACACGUCCCACUCAGCUCCCAUUCCGAACCCUUCCUUCAGCAGCACUUUCCAGCUCGAGGGUGUGUCCUUGCCAGGUGCAGGAGGGGAUGUCUGGAGCAUGGACACAGCUCCAGCUUCUUCCAGGGGCAGCAGCCUCCAAGAGAAGCUGCUGGAUUUGCAGCAGGACGACCCUCUCUUGGACACCAUGGACUUGCUCUCAAUUAAGAGUGACCAGAGCUGUUCCAACGAGCUCUUCAGUGCUUUGGAGGGCCUGGGCUUGAAUGCUGAGGACGUGGAGCUCCUGCUGCUGGGUGAGAAAAUGGUGAUGGUCAGUACGGACCCAGACCAGUCCCCAUCCCUGAACAACAGCCUGGCCAGCAACCAGAUUCUCUGUGUCCCCAGCCAUCCAGCGGACGGGCAUGAGGGAGGGCAGCAGGUCUGUCCCCUGCCAGACACGGCCCCCAGCCCACAGGGCGGCACUGCUCCAUGCCACACACAGAGCAAGGACUCGAGCUCGUUCCUGAAAAGCAAUUGA